AUGGUCUCACUGAUUCUGCCCCGAGAAACAAAUUCCAAAACGAGUAAAACUGCUCUGGCUCAAGAUAAGAGAACUGGGAAUGUCUUCACCAACUCUCGACGUUUGAAAAGAAUUAGAGUGAAUGCAGUUUCCGGGAAGGCUCUGCAGCUGAUACAGUCAGGCGAAGUGCGUCCCAUAUUGCCAAAAGAUGCUGCCGCGGUCAUAGAGUCGGAAGGCUAUGCAUUGCUGGACGUUAGGCCGGAGUGGGAGAGACAGAAGGCACGCGUUGCAGGGUCAGUUCAUGUGCCGUUGUUUGUCAAGGACAUGGACAACAGCCCUAUAACUCUCCUCAAGAAGUGGGUACAUUUUGGCUACAUCGGACUCUGGACCGGCCAAGACUUGACCAUGAUUAAUCCCGACUUUGUCAAGCAAGUGGAGAGAGAACUUCCUGAUAAGGAUGCCAAGAUUAUCUUAGCAUGUGGAGAAGGUCUAAGGUCUAUGAUGGCCGCUUCAAGAUUACAUGGAGAAGGAUACAAGAACUUGGCAUGGUUGGCGGGGGGAUUUAGUCGUGCCGCAGAUAAUGAUUUCUCGGCAGUUGAAGGAACUGAGAAGCUGCAAUUUGCUACGAUAGGGGGUGUCUCGUACUACUUUCUUAAAUUACUUAUUCUAUUACAAGCUGUGGGAAAAGAAAGUUAAUCCAACAGGCUUCAAAUCCUUGUCUGUAAUUCUAUAUAUAUAUUUUUUUUGGCUCAUUGAGUGA